AUGAGGUUCUUGUCUACAAAAGCAACGUGUAAAAGUCACGGCCAAGAUUCUUCAUAUUUCUUAGGAUGGCAGGAAUACGAGAACAACCCCUACGACGAGGUUCUUAAUUCGAAGGGAAUUAUUCAGAUGGGUCUUGCAGAGAAUCAGCUCUCUUUUGAUCUCCUGGAGUCAUGGCUAGCAAAGAACCCAGACGUAACAGCAUUCAAGCGAGAUGGAAAAUCCAUAUUCCGAGAACUGGCUCUCUUCCAAGACUACCAUGGACUCCCUUCUUUCAAAAAGGCAUUGGUGGAUUUCAUGGCUGAGAUUAGAGGGAACAAAGUGAGUUUUGAUCCCAACCACAUCGUUCUCACCGCAGGUUCUACUUCAGCAAACGAGACUCUAAUGUUCUGUCUUGCCGAACAAGGAGAGGCUUUUCUACUUCCUACUCCUUAUUACCCAGGGUUUGACAGAGACCUCAAGUGGCGAACUGGGGUUGACAUUGUUCCAAUUCAAUGCACGAGCUCAAAUAACUUCCAAAUUACUGAGCCUGCAUUGCAACAAGCGUAUCUAGAGGCACGCAAGCGAAACCUUAGAGUCAAAGGCAUCUUGGUUACAAACCCGUCAAACCCGCUAGGCACCACAAUGUCUCGGAGUGAAUUGAACAUUCUCGUUGACUUCAUCAAAGACAAAGAUAUGCAUUUGAUAAGCGACGAGAUUUACUCCGGGACUGUUUUUAGCUCACCAGGCUUCGUCAGCAUCAUGGAAAUCCUGAAGGAAAGAAAUGAUCUUCAAGAUUCUGAUGCUCAAGUUUGGAACAGAGUUCAUGUUGUCUAUAGUCUCUCUAAAGACUUGGGUUUGCCGGGUUUUCGCGUGGGUGCCAUUUACUCCGAGAACGACACCGUUGUGGCUGCGGCGACGAAAAUGUCAAGCUUUGGCUUGGUCUCCUCACAAACACAAUACCUCCUCUCAGCGAUGCUUGGGGACAAAAAGUUCACACGAAACUACAUCGCUGAAAACCAAAAGAGGCUUAAACAACGACAUAGAAUGCUCGUUUUGGGCUUACAGAAAGCAGGCAUUAACUGUCUUCAAAGCAAUGCUGGCUUGUUUUGUUGGGUUGAUAUGAGGCAUCUUUUGCAUUCAAACACGUUUGAAGCUGAGAUGGAGUUGUGGAAGAAAAUAGUGUACCAAGUUGGGUUAAACAUCUCACCCGGUUCAUCGUGCCAUUGCACGGAGCCAGGUUGGUUCCGUGUGUGUUUCGCUAACAUGUCCGAGGAGACUCUAAACUUGGCCAUGAAACGAUUGAAGGCCUUCGUUGUUGAGUCCACCGGGAAUGGUUGCGCUGAGCGUAGAGCUCAGUCUAACGGAACUUCGAAAAGAAAGUCUCUCACCAAGUGGGUUUUCCGGUUAUCGUCUCGUGAUCAUCGUGAACAAGAAGAACGGUAG